UCCUUUUUGGCGGGAAUGCGCGUAGUUAAGUUGUGUGAUUUAUUUUGUCUAUUUAAUGUUUCUUCAGGUUUAAAUAUGUAAUAACGGUGGUUUAUUAACUGUUUAAUAUCUGUGAAAGUGCACAAAUAUUGGAAAAUGAAACAAAGCCGCUGGACGUAAUUUCCCGGGAUCCUCCAAAAGUCCACUGAAAAAAACUCAGUAAAUGACCACCAUUUUACUGAGAUUAUAUUUCAUCCCAUAUAAUUUCAUUUAAUUUCAUCCCACCUGAUUAAUGUCUCAAAUUAAUCAUGUUCAUUUCAUUUCACUUCGUAAUUUCAUUUUUCUCAAACUUCGAUUGUUGAUCGAAGUUCUCAAAAAUAAGACUUAAAUUAAAAUAAGAUUUACCAGGUCAUAAAAUCUCUUAAAAAAAAAGAAAUGAAAGGAUUCAAUUUUUAUCUGGACGUAACUUCUCGGGAUCCUCCAAAAAGUUCACUGAAAAAUGACCACCAUUUUACUGAGAUUAUAUUUCAUCCCAUAUCAUCUCAUCUCAUUUCAUUUCAUGCCAUGUCAUAUUAAUCAACUUCAUUUCAUUAUUUCAUAGAAUCACAUUUCAUAAAAAAAAAAUAUAUAUAUAUAUAAGAUUAGGCUGUAUGGUAUGAUACCGUUGCCUAUCCAUUUGGAAAAAUAAAACUACUACUAAAUUUUUGUAAAAUUUGUAAAUAAGGUGCUUUGUAUGUAUUGUAUUACAUGAUCUGAUCUACGUUGUUAUUUAUGAAUUGAAAUGCGACUAUAAACAUUGAAUAAAAUGGAAGUCUCUCAAGAAAAUAGGGUUGAAAAAGAACAUGAAGGUUCUAUCAGUGAAAUGUAUUCAACACCAAAAACACCAAUCAAAGCUCAAAAUUUUAGUAAAGAAGAUGCAGGAGUUUCAGGAACAAACUUAAGUUCACAAGUUGUUAAUGGGGAUGUUGCAUUAACUCCUACUAAUAGUUCAUUCACACCUCAACCACUUAAUCCACACAAUUCUAUGACUGCUUUAACACCUAUGCCAAGUGCAUCCACUCAAGCAAAAAGCAGUAUCAAGCUACAAAAUUGUGUUGCCACAGUCAGUUUAGGAUGUGAACUAAAAUUAUUAGAUAUUUACUGCAGAACAAGAUACUCUGAAUAUAAUCCUGCAAGAUUUCAAGGUGUUGUCAUGAAAAUAUUAGAUCCUCGAGCUACCGCCUUAGUAUUCAGAUCUGGGAAAAUAGUUUGUACUGGGACAAGAAAUGAACAUGAUUCAUAUGUAGCUGCAAGAAAAAUUGCAAGGAUUAUACAAAAACUCGGAUUCCCAGCAAAAUUUUUGAAUUUCAAAAUACAAAAUUUUAUUGCUACUGCUGACCUUAGAUUUCCAAUAAAAUUAGAAGCUUUACAGCAGGCACAUGGUCAAUUCUCCAGUUAUGAACCAGAAUUAUUCCCAGGACUUGUUUACAGAAUGGUGAGACCGAGAGUUGUCUUGCUUAUUUUUGUUAACGGAAAAAUGGUAAUUACAGGUGGAAAAUCAAGAACGGAAAUUAGUGAAGCUGUAGAUGUCAUAUAUCCUAUUUUAAGAAGUUACCGAAUUAGUUAACUCAUCUACGACGUAAAAUAUGUAACAAUUUCAUUUCUUGAAUUGUUUUUUAAAAUAUCAAAUUUUUUUUUAAUAAUCGGUAGGGCUUUUUUCCGAUUACCCACAUGAAUUACUAAAUUACUCUUUGCCGUCAAUCGCGAUGUCAAUCCGUUUAGCAACGAUCUUUCAGUGGACAAGGUAAGAGACAGACAUCUGUUACCUAGAUUUUUUAACAAAGAGAUUGCCGUCAGCUUUUGUUCCAUAAGCGACCUACCAAUGCUUUUUUUUCUUGCACGUCGAACUCUGCGGAGCCCGACGGGUACGGUUACCGGGGUCCCUAAGCCUGCUCCUAGUAUUAGAGCUAAAUGCGUCUAAUGCAAGGGUUAUUGGAUCUGUUGGAUCCAACCGACGGACGGCUAACCUGUAAACACGAGAUUGUAGGGAUUGGAGGGUGUCUAUGUGUGUGCGGGCUGCGUGAGCGAAACCCCAUACUGACGGAGUUUAAAUGUCUAUGCUCCAUUGUUCACGCCACAAAUAUUAUUACAACCUUGUGGUGUUCCAUUGCAAAGAAAAGGCUUCCUUCUUUCUUCUUUUAGUCACUAAAUCGAGACCUUAAAGUUUAGUGUCUCGAUUUUAUGAAAGAGUAGUCGGUCGCUCAGGAAGUUCGGUUACAUUGUAAGCAUUGUAUUUUAUGGCUCACUAGCAAAUUCUAGACCCCACAUUUCUUAAGCACUUUUUCGUGGUGGAAAGUCUACACUUAUGUUCAUAAAAAAACUUCAAUAAUAAACAUAAAAUUCAUAAGAAUAAGAAUAUGUUCAACCAAUGUAGUCUAUAUGUUCCCCUAUAAACACUUACGGAAUUUGAGUGGGGAGAUGGUCGGCUCAUCUGCUCAAAUAAUAAAAGCCCAUUUUCUACCAAUUAGAUACUCUACGAAACUAUUAUAACACAACACAGACAUACAUUUAAACAAAUAAAUGAAAAAUGUGUUUAGUUUUGAAUUAUUUAUUUACUUGUGUAUUUCAAUUUAAGUAUCUAAUGAAAAUAUAUAAUAAUUGUAGAUUUGUUUUAAUAAGUACAUGAUAUUUAACGAUUAAAUUAUAUAUGAUUAUUUAAAAUGCA